CGAGCAGAUGAACUCAGCAACUGCCCAUCUGAUUCGAUGUUUGCAGCACAUCCACAAGGUAAUCAGGAAGGCCAAUGAAAUCCUUGCAGGCAUCAGCCACCCGUCUGUCUGUAGAGAGGUGUUGCUUUCUGCGCCCGGGACAGCAUACAUUUGGGGGUUGUCAGAGAUAUAUCAGAUCUCCAGGCGCUUGGGACAUGCCAUGAAUGCUCGGAAGUUAGCCAGCGAGCUGGCAUUGCAAUCACUGCGCGAGGUGGACCUAGCGUGGAAUAAUCUCUUGUCCUUCCUCAUGUUUGGUCACUCUGCAUUCCAAGGGUUGCUUCUGCCGCCGGUGGCCGUGAGCGAGCCAUGCUUGGCACUUCCGAAUGGUGGGGCUAACCAACUCUGCGGGGUUUGCCUCACGGUGGUAAAGCAAGAACCCCAGGUGCAUUCUGGAAACUUGGAUCCUGUUGUAUACCAGGGAUUCUUCUACCAUGUCAGUUGUGCCAACUUCUGGCUGAAUUGUGUGGAUUCCUCUCUGCCAAGAGAGAUCUGA